AUGAGUGAGCUCUUAUCAUAUAUCCUUAGCCAUGAGGAUGCCUUCCGCAAGGCUCGUUUACCAUCACUAUACUCCGACUUUUCUCCCCAAAAACAGACGAAUCCAGAUGGCUACAAUAGCAAUGUAACCGCAUGGCAACGGGCUUUAGCGAACGCCGCUCUAGCGGGACACGUUUCCUCUUUAUCAUCCAGUACUGCGCAAAAACUAGGCUCUAGGAAAGAGAGCUUAUCACAUAGAAACAAUCUUCUCGUUCUGCGAACAGGCAAUACCCUCAUGGCGGACCUGGAAAUGCGAGAAUGGGGAAGGCCGCUGUCACUACAGUGUGCUAUUGACGAGGCAAUACGCAGUGGAAACAUGAUUUUUCUCGACACGUUUUUGAAUAGUCAGACAAGCCCUUUCAAGAGCGGUUGGCUACGACUACCAAGUCCUCCAAGCCUCUCCCAGGUUGUCACAUGGGGCAUGAAACAGGCGCGUGGUCUGGUUAUGGGCUCAGAUAGUGAUCAUCUAGCUGGCACUGGCAUGUUACAGACCAGUGAAUUGGUGCUUGUAGAUAACGUCAAGCAAGCAGCCAGUAGGCUCAUGAAAGGGGUCGUUGGCCACCAUAACUCGAGUGUUGACCGUAUAUACUCAAAAGAAAUGUUCAUGUUACAAUUUGCUCAUAUUUUUGGAGAAGAGACAUUACUAUCCACCACUGAUUUUAAUGUGCUACUUACUUAUCUAUCGAGAGAUCGAAAUAUAGUGUUAUAUGAUGGAAAGACCGUGAAAUUUAGAGACACGAGCGAUACAUCAGAUCGCAUCACACAGGAAGACGGGGCAAUCGCCUCCCUCAAGACAACGAUUGCCCGACUAACAUUGCAAGUGACCACCUUGGGUGAGAAGAUAAAAGAGCUCACUGCCAGCGCACAGAACGCUCUCGCAAGCAAGAACCGAAUCCUAGCCCUAUCAUCACUUAGGCUAAGGAAACUUGCAGAGCGUAACCUUCAACAACGUACCGAUACUCUAUGGCAGCUUGAAGAGAUAUACUCAAAGGUUGAACAAGCUGCUACUCAAGUUGACAUUGUGCGGGUGAUGCAGGCAAGUACAGGGGCACUUCGGCAACUCAACUCCCAGCUCGGCGGUGUGGACAAGGUUGAGGAUGUAGUCGAAGAGUUGAGAAAGGAAAUGGAUAACGUGGACGAGCUUGGAGGUGUAAUGAACGAGGCUGGGCCUGUUAUCGACGAGACCGAGCUAGACGAUGAGCUGCAAGAACUCGAGGACCAGGAGCGCGAAGCUAGGGAAGAGAAGGAAACAGAAGAGACUCGUCAACGACUAGCAGAGCUGGAGAAGAACCAAGGGGUAAUAAGAACCCCCGCCAGUGGAGGCACUGACAAUGAUUUGAAAGAGAGCAUUGACAAAUUGUCACAGAUGUCAAUCGGUGAUAAACGAUCAGAAAGGGAGAAACUGGACACCAAGCCGCUACCAGAAUCUGCGGAGUAG